AUGCCAAAACACACAGAGUCAAAUGCCUGUGGCGCAUGUGCAAGGUCAAAGCGGAGGUGCGGUCGACAGAUGCCGUCAUGCGCACGAUGUGCAGAACGAGGCUGGACAUGCAUAUAUCCACGAGGAACAAGUAGACUCACUUCUACCCAGGCCUUGAUGCCGAGUGCAGAGAGGUAUCUGUCGCCGAUAAUAGACAGCGGGCUACCAGACAAAGUCGCCGACAGCGCACCCACCAGCGACACAGGCCCGAUAUUCUCAGAAGACCUAGCGUUGGACCUAAAUCUUUCACCAUUGGCGAACAGCUGUUUUGCCAUUGCCUCGCCUUCCUCAGGCAUACCAGACUUGACAGCAUUAAAGGCGGACUGGUUCACUGCCCCGGACUCAUGGCACAUUUCGCAUGAAUGGAACCGCGCCGUCAUGGGAACAAAUACAAAUGCCGAUAUGAAGAUUUACAUUGCACGCGUGCAGUCAUGGCUCCAACGCUGGAUCAACACGGGCAGCAAUCCUUUCAUUCACAAGAAGCUGUACAGUGUGAAUUUCCCAGCGAGCGUGCAAAUAGCAUAUGCCACGCUGGCAAGCUAUAUCCACCGCACGCCGUCAAACACCGAUACCGUGCUGAAGAUUGUAGAAGACAGAUCGACGGCUUUGCUGCGCGAUAACGGCGCGGUUUUGCAGGAAGAGAAAUGGGUCUGCAGACAAGAAGAAGAAGAAGACCACAGUGUCGAUUUGUUCGCGCAGCUGGCACGACUACACGCGCUCAUGACGUACCAGAUGAUCGGCCUCUUUGACGGCGACAUUCGCGCCCGCUACUUUGCGGAAGGGCGUCUGGCGCUUCAGAAUGCCUGGGCUAUCAAACUCUUCCACGCUGCUGGGAGCGUCUUGCCCAACGCAGAUGGCUGUGCUGUACAACUCGUAGGCAGUCUGCCCAGAUGGUCUGACUACGCUCAGCAGCAAUGGUACUCGUGGAUUCUCGCAGAGAGCAUCAGACGCACGUACAUGGUGGCUGUUAGCAUCAUGCCCAUCUACACGGCGCUGCAGCAGGGCUGGGCAAAAUGCCCCGGUGGCAUCAAGUUUACCAACCGCAGCGGCCUGUGGGGUGCGACGAGUGCCGUCGAGUGGGAGAAACAGUGUCGCGAAAAGGGCGCGGGGUUCUUGCAUCGCUCAGAGUGUGAUUGGUUUCUUGAUAACGCGACGCCUGGUGAUGUGGAUGAGUUUGGGAUUGCUGUCAUGGACAUGACUUUUCGAAGUGAUUUGCUGCAGAGGUGGAGGGAGAAGGGCAGAGGUGUGUGGUCUGAGGGGCAUGUUGGAUUCGUCUAG